AUGACUGAUUUUAAUAAAGGUACUCCAAUAACGCAGGAAAUUGCUGUUGAAUUACGUCAACUUGUUUUUGGAACAGCAGCAGCUCCACCACGUGGAGAAUGGACAAGAACACCAUUUACAUUUAGUACACCAAAUCAAGAUUUGGCAUAUGGAUUAGUUUGUCCAAGAAAUGGUACCAGAGGUUUAUUAUCUGCUGUUCAAGCUUUCAUUUUGAAAUAUUUUCUAUUUGAUAGACGUAUUAAGGAAAGAAGUCAGGGUUUCGAAUCUGUUUUAAAACCAAAUGAAGCACAACAAACUGAAGCAUUAGUUUCAUCAUUAACAGAAAUUCUAAAUUUAAUUGCUGAUAAAAAUAAAGUUUAUGUAGUAUUACCAAGUGAAGAAUCUUAUAUACCGCAUAGUAUAACAUAUUUUCAAGAUUCUGUGACAGAAAAGCUACAUAUUUUUGAAUUGAGAAGAGGUGAAGAAACUCAAAUGUUUAUGAAGAAGAAUAUUCAUUAUUUUACAGAAGAAGAGGGACCUGGAACACUUUUAUUUUUAUAUUGUUGUGUUUUUACAAGACAUGUUGCAAGAACUAAAACCGAUUUAGAUGCGCCACGUGGCUCAUAUUUAGUUGGAAAUCAAGAAGAAGGUUCUCUUAAUAUAGUUAUGUUAUUGUUGACAGGUCGUGCCACACCCUAUUUACACAAUGGUGUCGUUCAUGUUGGAGAUGAAGAGUCAUAUGCAAAUCCACAAUAUGGUGUCCUAAAUAGAUGUGUUGUUGGUUUAUUAAUUUAUGAAAAUGAUAAAAAUAAUGCUUUUGUUAAUCGUCAACCAGGAUCACGUUUAAAAACACCUACAACACCAAUAUGGGUAUCAUGUUGUACUGGUCAUUAUGGUGUUGCAUAUAAUACAAAUCCAGAUUUAUUACGUAAUUAUCAUGCUGAAUCACGUUUUGAUCUAUAUUACUAUAGUUGUUCUGGUAGUUUAAUAACAAUGACAAUUGAUAAUAAACAUACAAAUGAUAGAGCAAGCUUUAUGUUACAACGUCAAACAUCAACAGUAAAUGCUCCACCACCACCAGAUGAAAAAGGUGAAGAAUUUCAAACAACACCAUUAGAACGUUUAAUACAUACAAAAUGGGAAGAAGCACAUAUUAAAUUCCAUGUACAACCAUCAACAUUAAGUUAUCUCUUUAAUCCACAUAAAUAA